CCCAUGGAGGAAGUGAGAAAGUUGGCACGGUCGCCCAGGACUUCGAAGAGCCGGUCAAUCGGUGAUAGAUGGACGCGGCGAGGAUGAAUUCCUUCCUCGAUUAUCCGCCCAUCCUCAACGGCGAGUCCACCACUUGCGCCUCCCGUGCCUAUCACCAUCACCGCCACCACCACCACCCCGACCAUGGGAUUACAACCACCUUCCAGUCGUGCGCUGUCAGCGCCAACAGCUGCAGCGGGGAUGAUCGCUUCCUGGUGGGCAGGGGAGUCCAGAUAAGCCCCCAUCCCCACCACCAGGCUGGUACCGCCUACCAACAUCACCCCAAUUUGCGGAUGUCCUUUUCACACCCCAGCUGUGGGUCCGGCUAUGGCGCGCAGAACUUCAGUGCGGGAGGCUAUGGCCAUUACCCACUCAAUCAAGAGGCGGAAAUCAGUGGGGGCUACCCCCCGUGCGCUCCUACUAUCUACUCGGGAAACGUCUCUUCCUCCAUGGUCCAGCACCCCCAGAGUUAUGGUGGGGGCACAACCAGCUCUGCUCAGUACAUCCACCCCUCUUUUGGAGAGGAACAGCAGAACUUAACUCUCACUAAUUUCAGCCACCCCUUGUCUCCUCUCCACUCCACCCACCCAGAAAACUGCGCUUCUCCUUCUUCAGAGGCUUCUCCACCAGCCCAGACUUUCGACUGGAUGAAAGUGAAGAGAAACCCUCCUAAAACAGGGAAAGCUGGAGAGUAUGGUUAUAUGGGUCAGCCCAACACAGUUCGCACCAACUUCACCACCAAGCAGUUGACUGAGCUGGAGAAAGAAUUCCACUUCAACAAAUAUCUCACCCGAGCUCGCAGGGUGGAGAUUGCGGCCUCUUUGCAACUCAAUGAAACCCAGGUGAAGAUCUGGUUCCAGAACCGCAGGAUGAAACAGAAGAAGAGGGAGAAAGAGGGCUUGCUGCCCAUCUCUCCGGCCACACCAACUGGAAGCGAAGAGAAGGCAGAGGACUCCUCUGAAAAGUCCAGCUCAUCCCCCUGUACCCCCUCUCCUGCUUCUUCUACCUCAGAUACUCUGACUACCUCAAAUUGAGCCCUGCAGGUGCUACUCAUUCUUCAUUCCUUGGCCCCCUAUGCACACCCCUAGAGUAGUUGAUGGUGUCCCAACCCUACUUUUCUGAAGACUGAAGUGGGGUCCCCCACCCCACCCCACCCCUGUCUCGUCAAGUUGGGUUCCAGAUCGAAUUUUUUCUCGAGCAACUGACACCCCGAUCCUGAAACUUGCUGGGACCAAAUCUCAUUGGUUUUCCUGGAACCUUCUUCCAAACUGGUGGGCAUAAUCCAGGACUAGUGAGUCACCUAGGGGAGGGAGAAAUAAUAGAAAGAGACUUUGUGGCAUAAACCCGGUUGAUAUUCCUGAGAUUUAGCUAAGGCUAAUUUUGGCUGGAUUAGGACCCAAUGGUUCAGGAUUGCAGCCUUAUUAACAGACUGAGGGUGUCCUUAAUUCAACAUCAGGCUUUUUUCCCCUCAGUGCUAAGUACAAGGAUUUAUUUAUGGGUUUCCCAUCUCUAGAGUAUUUGUGGGAACAGUCAAAAAGUGAUUAUUAUCAUAAUGAUAAAAUUGAUAGACCAGAAUCAAGUUGCCAAAGAAUAUUUCUGUAGGCUUUCCUUCAUGGCAGAGACAAAGAGGUUCACAGUUCCAAGAAGAGAUGCACUAUUGAAAGCGUUUACAUGACUUCUAAAAAGUUCUUGCUUUAAUUUAAUGUACCUGUUUUUUCAUGUGUAUGAGUUGUUGGUUGUAAAUAUUUUGUCCAAGAGAUUUAUCUUUUUACAGAUUUUCUAGAAAUGUUUAGAUUGAUUAUGAAUUUAAAACAGGGUGGCUACAUUCUCAAAACUUGAUUCGAUUUUAUAGCGAAAAGCGAAGUUGUCACAAUCGAAGAAGUGUUCAACUCAAUCAGAUACCUCAAAAAAAAAAAUCAUAGACUAGUAUUCUUCCUCAAAUGAGUUAGAUAAGAACAUUGAAAUUGCACUAGAUUUUUAAAAAAGAAAACUUGCUUAUUAAGGUCUGCCCAACCCCACCAUUUCCUUCCCAAAAAUCUCUACUGGGUUAUUCCUGACCCAAAAUUAUUAUUCAGAAAAUGGAGAGACCAGGCCUGCUCCCGACUUCCCAUUUAUCCUUCCUUAGAUUUCUCAGCCGAACUUCUGAAGGUGGUAAUUGGCCCAAACGAAUGUAUAUUUCGUGUGAUUCGUGUACGGAACUUUGCAUGAUGCACAAAGCUUUGAUGUACUAAAUUAACUUAACACUGAGUUCUAUCAGUUGUCUUUUGUGAUCGAGUGCUUCUGAUAUUUUCUGUACAAUCAUUCAAGGUUCUGAGAUUCUGUUGGGAAAAAAAAAGAGGAUGGAAUCCAGAGCAGGAUUUUACGGGUCCUAGAAAUCUCUGUAAUAAAUAUACUC